UAAGUAGUCUCUGCCUUCAACUCUCCGCUCAACAAAUCAGCUCCCUCUUUUAACUCAUGGCCAUCACCAAAAUGAAACUUGGAAACCCCAUCACUCCAUUUGCUUUUUGGUCCAUGUUUUUCCAUGUCAUAUUUCUAACCUCUCCGAGCUUAUUGCAACCUAAAACUACCAUUGCAAGUGCAUUAGGAAACGACACUGAUAGAUUUGCUCUCCUCAAAUUCAAAGAAUCCAUUUCCAACGAUCCGCAUGGAAUCCUGAGCGUGUGGAAUGACUCCACUCCCUUCUGUAGCUGGCCUGGAAUCGCUUGCAGCCGCAGCCAUCCGAGGAUAACAGCCCUCAACUUAAGCGGCUACGACUUGCGUGGAACCAUAUCACCUUACGUCGGGAACCUCUCCUUCAUGAGGUCCUUUAACCUUAGAAAUAACAGCUUCUUCGGCGAUAUUCCACAGCAAGUUGGUCGUUUGUUCCGCCUGCAAUCUCUCAAUCUUAAUAGAAACCUGCUUACUGGGAUGAUCCCUCGAGAGCUUGGAUCUUUGGUGAAGCUUACUACUCUCAAUCUUGAGGGAAACAAGCUCACGGGGAGUAUCCCACCUUCCUUGGGAAACAUUUCAUCACUGGAAGGAUUUUCUGUGACAGAAAACAAUCUCUUUGGAAGUGUUCCCGAAGAGUUAGGGAGAUGGAAAAGCUUAACUUUUCUUUCAUUAGGGCCGAAUUCUUUGUCGGGCACAAUCCCUCUCUCCAUUUAUAAUAUAUCCUCCUUGAUCUCCUUCUCAACUGUGGAAAACCAAUUAAGUGGCACUCUUCCUCUCACAAUUGGCCUCACACUCCCUAAUCUCCAACUUUUUUUUAUGGCUGAUAACAAUUUCUCUGGAAUAAUCCCUGAAUCACUUUCCAAUGCUUCCCAGCUUGAAGUGAUUGAUAUCCAAGGAAAUAAUUUUGUUGGCCAAGUUCCGUCAAGUUUAGGGAGUCUCAGAAAAUUUCGUUGGCUUAGUUUAUAUAAUAAUAGCCUGGGAGGUUAUUUAUCAAAUAGCUUGGAUUUUAUUGCCCCUUUAACAAAUUGCAGCCAGAUGGUUACCUUGGAUUUGUCUAUGAACAAGUUUGGAGGUGUUUUACCAAAGUCUAUAGCGAAUUUCUCUACCAAUCUCCAUAAAAUUUAUCUUGGAGGCAAUCGAAUAUCUGGCAGUAUUCCUUCAACCUUAGAAAAUUUGGUAAAUGUAUUCGUAUUGGGCCUUGAAGGUAAUCUUUUUACUGGUGUCAUUCCAACUUCUUUAGGGAAGCUACAAAAUUUGCAACUUUUGGCUUUGCAUAAGAACAAACUAUCCGGAAAAAUCCCCUCAUCAAUAGGAAAUCUUACUCAAUUGUCUGUUCUUAAUCUAUCCUAUAACAAGCUAGAAGGAAAUAUUCCAACCAAAAUUGCAAACUGUCAUAAUCUGCAAUCACUUGACAUUUCAAACAAUAGAUUGAUUGGAGAAAUACCAAAAGAAAUAUUUCUUCUAUCCUCCCUAUCGACCUCGCUCACCUUAUCACAUAACUUGUUGACCGGUACCAUACCGGUAGAAGUAGGCAAGCUAAGGAAUAUCCACUCCCUCGAUCUUUCUGAAAACAAUCUGACCGGAAAAAUCCCAGAAACUAUUGGUGAUUGUCAGAUUCUAGAGUAUCUUUACCUACAAGGGAAUUACUUUCAGGAAUCCUUGCCGUCUACUUUGGUUUCUCUUAAAGGUGUCCGGUACAUGGAUUUUUCACGUAAUAACUUGACGGGACAAAUUCCAAAGAAUUUAAACAAACUUCGGUACUUGUUGUACUUGAAUCUUUCUUUUAAUGAUCUGGAGGGAGAAGUACCGCUUGAAGGCGUAUUUCAGAACAUAAGUGCAGUGUCUGUGGUUGGAAAUACUAUGCUUUGUGGUGGUGUGCCGAAGUUGCAUCUUCAAACAUGCCCUAGAAAGAAGUCCGGAAAGUGGAAGAGCAAUGGCCCCAAACUCACCAUUAUUAUAGUAGUUUUGGUGGUAGCAGUUUUCCUUCUAUCCACAUGUUUCACUAUUUUUUAUUGGAAGAGAUCAUCACAAAGGAAAACAAGUGUUUCGCUCCCAAAACUAAAUGGUCUUUCAAAGAUUUCAUACAAGAGGCUUUUUCAAGCUACCAAUGGGUUCUCUCCAAGCAUGUUGAUUGGAAUUGGUAGUUUUGGCUCUGUGUAUAAAGGCGUUCUUAACCAAGAAGGAAAUCCAAUCGCUGUGAAGGUUCUCAAUCUCAAGCAAAAAGGAGCAGGGAAGAGUUUCAUUGCUGAAUGUAAUGCAUUGCGAAAUGUUAGACAUCGAAAUCUUGUUAAGAUCUUGACGUGUUGCGCAAGCAUAGAUUACAACGGCAAUGAAUUCAAGGCUCUAGUCUUCGAGUAUAUGUCCAACGGAUGCCUAGAGAAGUGGCUGCAUCUAGCGGCUGAUGACGAAAACAACUCAAGGCAUUUGAACCUGCUUCAAAGACUAAACAUUGCAAUCGAUGUCGCUUCUGCAAUACACUACCUUCAUGAUGAUUGUGACCAAUCCAUCAUUCACGGCGACUUGAAGCCUAGCAACGUUCUUCUUGACAAUGAAAUGGUUGCCCAUGUAAGUGAUUUUGGAUUAGCAAGGUUUAUCUCAAACACAUCUAGCUUCUCAAAUGGUGGUGAUCAAACUAGCACAACAGGAAUGAAUGGGACAAUUGGCUAUGUUGCUCCAGAGUAUGCAAUGGGUGGAGGGCCAUCAAGAGAAGGUGAUGUGUAUAGCUAUGGCAUCCAUGUAUUGGAGAUGUUCACCGGAAAGAGACCCACCAAUGAGAUUUUCAAAGACGAUUUCAAUCUUCAUAACUUCGUUAAGACGGCCUUGCCUGAAAGACUUGUGGAAGUAGUUGACUCUACCCUUCUCCCUAGAGAAGCAGAAGAAAAUGCACUGAUGAGAAGAGAAUCAGAUGCAAGAAACUACAAUAACAAUAUGGGAGGCAUUGAGAUUGAGCCAGAAGAGGGGUUAGGAAACCGGAUCCUGACUGAUCAUCUACGGAAGUGCUUGCUUUCGGUGUUGGAGAUUGGAAUCGCAUGUUCGAACGAAUCACCAAACCAAAGAAUGAACAUGGGAGAUGUCACCAGAGAGGUACAAAAUAUCAGGAAUACUUACAUAAGCUUUGAGAUCAACGGACAAAGAUGAAGAACCGGCUAAAAUGAAUAAGGUGUUGGACGAUGCAGAUUUUCUCAUGUGCCCAACUUUUGACGAUAAGUAGCCUUUGGCAUAUGUACGUACACUGUUUCCCCAAAAUUUAAGUUUCACGUAAUAUUGAAUAAUCUAGAGGAUGUUAUUAGUCAUUAAAGGACAAAUGUUAUCAAUGUAUCUACGUUACAUAAGCACUACAUGUACUUCAGAUUUAUGUUCUAGUAUUGAAUCCAAGUACUCUUGCUUAUUUAUGUGAGAAUGCUCUAUUGCAGAAUAUGCAAUGGGUGGAGUGCCACAAGAGAGUGUGAUGUGUAUAGGUAUGGCAUCCUUGUAUUGGAGAUAUUCAUAUAAGCGGAAUAAUCUAAGUACUGUAA